AUUUAAAAUGCUAAGCCGGAUUUUGUGACAUUUAAUUAUUAUUAUAAUUUCGUUCUUAAAAUCGUUAUAAUGCAUAAAAUUGAAUAAUAAAUAAUUUUCACACACCCCUCCUAACCACAAUGAUUUCAACCAUUAUGGACGCCAUUCACUGAAGUAAACUCACUGCCAGGUCUUUGCUACAAAACAUCAUGAGUGAGCUGAAGGACUGCCCCCCACUGAAAUACUACGACUUUAAGCCCGUUGAGCAUGUCAAGGUAUGUCCCCGCUACACUGCUGUGCUGGGCCGCUCAGAGGAUGAUGGCAUUGGUAUUGAAGAACUGGAUACCCUGCAGCUGGAGCUGGAGACACUGCUGUCCUCAGCUAGCCGCCGCCUCCGAGCAUUGGAAGAGCAGAGACAGAUCCUCACAGACUGGCAAGACAAGAAGGGAGAUAAGCGCUUUCUGAAGCUGGGAAAAGAGCCAGACCCUGCUGCCUCAUCUCGCCACAAACCAAAGAAGCAGAAAUUGGAUGGCAAAGGAGGUCAUGGGCCAGGCCCAGGUCCCGGCAGACCCAAAUCAAAAAACCUGCAGCCAAAAGUACAAGAGUAUGAAUUUACAGACGACCCACAAGACAUUCCCCGCACUCCAAAGAAUGAUGCUCCCAACAGAUUCUGGGCAUCAGUGGAGCCAUAUUGUGCAGAUAUAACAAAUGAAGAAAUACGAUUGUUAGAAGAGCUUCUGAAACCACCAGAGGAUGAAGCGGACUACUUCAAGAUUCCAGCAUUGGGGAAACACUACUCUCAGCGGUGGGCUCAAGAGGAUCUUCUGGAGGAGCAGAGGGAAGGAGCACGAGCCAACGACAAGAAGAAGAGCCUCAUGGGAGGGCCGCUGUCUGAACUGGAUGCAAAAGAUGUGGACUCGCUGCUGAAAAAGUCAGACUCCCAACAUGAAUCUCCAGAAGACGGCUGUCCCUUUGGUCCUCUCACGCAGCGUCUGCUGCAGGCUCUUGUAGAGGAGAACAUUAUAUCCCCCAUGGAGGAUUCUCCUAUACCAGACAUUUCAGGAAAGGAUGCUAACGAUGGUGCUGGGACUUCACCUCGGAGCCAAGGAAAAGCUUUUAGCGUUCCUCAUACACGUUCCUUAGAGGCGCGAAUCAAAGAGGAGCUGGUAGCCCAGGGGCUGCUGGACUCUGAGGAGCGACCUGGACCAGGAGGAGACUCUGAGGAUGAGGUGCUUGCAGAGCUGCAGAAGAGACAAGCAGAACUCAAAGCUUUGAGUGCUCACAACCGAGGCCGAAAGCAGGAGCUGCUCCGGUUGGCGAAAGAAGAGAUGCGCAAGCAGGAGUUAAGGCAGAGAGUCAGGGUGGCUGACAACGAAGUGAUGGAGGCAUUUCGGCGAAUCAUGGCAGCCAGGCAGAAAAAACGUACCCCAACAAAGAAGGAGAAAGAUCAGGCCUGGAAAGUGCUGAAAGAGCGGGAAAGCAUCCUCAAAUUAUUGGAUGGAUAGAGGAAAAAUUGGAAGAAGCAUCUUCAAGUUAACACACAGCUGCAACAGCAGUCAGCUAAGUUGCAUCAGUAGCCCCUUUCAGGCAGGCCCUGUCUAUUAAUCUGACAGCAUCUGGACGCCUCGGCUUCAUGAUAGAAUACGCACUGCGCUCACUUUUGGGAAUUGGAAAUAGUCAAAAUGCAUCAAAGAAAAAUAGUUCAUUCUUACUGCAAAGUAGAAAUGAAGGUGGUAUAAAAUGUUAUGUAGCUGUUAUUGCAUGGUAUUCUCGAGUCUGGUGGGCUGAGCGACUCACAAAGAUGCAUUGCAUAGUCAUCCUCUUUAUGUUAACGCUGCAGCAAACAGUCACACUUUUGCUACUCAGCCUGACCUUGUUACGCUGCUGCUGCAGUCCAGGGUCCUCACUGACACAUGAAACCACACAUUCAGAUUCCAGCGUAUAAAUGGAGAGGAGUGCACGUCUGAAAGGGGCCGGUGAUGUAAGAGACCGUUUACUGCAGCUCUGCAUGAUUUGAGUAGAGACGUUUGCAUCAUAGUGUUUUUUUUUUUGUUUUUUUUUAUGUGAUGUACAGCAAAGUGCUCAUCAGCUCAGUAACAUUCAGUACGCAUCAUUGACUUUUAUACCUCUGUUUGAAAUGUUUUCUUUGUCGGCUCAUUUUUUAUGUUUUUUUUUAUUUUAAAUUUUGUCUAUCAUUGUAAUGUUGUGUAAAGAAUGCAUCAGUACCAUUUAAGGACAGUUUUUGUAUGUGUACAAAACAAAAAACAGACAGUAAGUUGCAGUGUGUGCAGCAACAUCUCUUCCUUCAGUGCUAACAAUGACUCCACCGGGGGGGGGGGGGGACAUGGACCAUUGCUGCUUAUUAAAAUAAUAAACACUG